UAAAAUCCAAACUUAUGUUUGUAUUAAUUCUGUACUUGAUUUCAUUCUUGGGCGUGAUGAAAUAUGCUGGGACUAUCUAUGUAGUAGGAAACCAGGAAAUCGAUCCUUACCUCAAUAGUUUUGAUUAUCUAGAAAGAUUCCUCAGAGACGUUCCUACUACAGAUCCGGAAAUAACUAUGACGCCGGAAGAGCUGAUAAAAUCCAAGGGUUACCCUUACGAAAAAUACGAAGUUAUAACGGAAGAUGGUUUUAUCCUGCAAUUGCAUAGAAUUCCCUUCGGAAAGAAACGGAACAACACGUCAGACGUUAGGACCUCAGUUUACUUACAGCACGGUUUACUGGGCUCCUCUUGCGAUUUCUUGAUGAACCUGGAGAAUCAGAGUUUAGCGUAUAUACUGGCCGAUAUUAAUUUGGACGUCUGGUUGGGCGAUACGAGAGGUAACAAAUACUCCAGGAAACACAGAAUUUACACCACCGACGUCGACGAAUUUUGGGAUUGGAGUAUCGACGAGAUAGCCAAAUACGAUAUUCCUGCUUUCAUCAAUUUCAUCCUCAAAAGGGCUAACAGAGAAUACGUAUAUUACGUAGGCCAUUCCCAGGGGAGCAUGGUGGGAUUCGUCCAUUUCUCCCAGAACCCUAAGAUGAAUAAUAAAAUCAAGAUGUUUUUCGCGCUGGCUCCCAUAGCCUACUUAAAAAAUAUUGAAUCCCCCAUCAGAUUAUUCGCUCCUCUCUCAUCGACCUUAGAUCUUAUAACAAACAUGUUAGGUAAGAAAGAAUUUUUGCCUAGUCCCUCUGUAAUAGAAUGGAUGGCCAUCUCUAUCUGUCCCCGCAAAAUUUUACUCAAAAUAUGCUCUAAUAUGCUUUACCUGGUUGGAGGUCCGCCGACGGCAAAUUUAAAUGAAAGCCGAGUACCUGUAUACUACGAGCAUUACCCAGCGGGAACCUCCGUAAGAAACAUAGAUCACUAUGCCCAAGGGGUCUUGAACGACGAAUUUCGCAUGUUCGACUAUGGAACUUUCAAAAACUUCAAAUUGUACGGAACGAUUACACCUCCAGCAUACGAUAUAUCUCAAAUGACAAUUCCCACGAUGUUAUUCUGGGGGCAAAAGGAUUGGUUAGCAGAUCCUACAGACGUAAAUAGGCUAGUUCCCUUAAUCAGAAAACUCUCCGGCAAUUUCCAAUUCGAAAAUGCUAAUCAUUGGGAUUUUGUCUAUGGGAUGAAUGCCGCGAAUGAUUAUUAUUCCAUUAUUAUUAAAGCUAUAUUGAUCAAGGAAAAAAUAAAAUAA